AUGACUGAGGGACUGAGCUCAACUGCAGACAGGCGGCGCCCCCUUUGGGGAUGCCUGAAAUUCACCAUGAUGGCACUGGGAUUUUUCUCAAUAAUCCUCAACGCUGUUCUGCUUAGUCAGUACCUCUUCUCAUCCGAGCGGUUUUCCUCUACAGAAGAGGCGAAGUUCGUUUCUUCCCUAGAAGAGAAGCAAGCUUCUUUUUCCCAUCAAGCCCAACCAAAGCAUGGUAAUAACACUUUGAUGAUGCACGGACCUCUUGGCUUCAAGCCAGACGGGAACCCGGCACAUGUGCCAGCGCCCGCGCCUCCAUCCGACUUGAACAUGUCACUGGAACUAGCGCGAGGAGGCGGGUUUAACUUGAAGCUGAGCGACCAUCUGCCUCUCGACCGCGACAUCCCUGAUUCUCGCCAGCCUGCGUGCAUGUCAAUUACUUACGACAUAUCGACUCUCCCCGCAGCUUCUGUGCUCAUGGUCUUCUACAACGAGCCCUUCUCAACCCUGAUGCGGUCAGUGCACAGCGUACUAAAUCGCACACAUCCCUCCUUGCUUCAGGAAAUUGUCUUGCUAGACGACGGUAGCGACUUGGCCGAUGUUGCUGCCAACGGAAAUGGAAAACUGGAGAACUAUGUUAAGCUGUUGCCCAAAGUGCGGCUCGUGAGGAGCCCAAAAAGAGAAGGGAUUGUGGGUGCACGCAUGCGUGCAAUAAGGGCAAGCCAAGCGGAUAUAUUUGUCGUACUGGACAGCCACAUCGAGGUGCAGAACCAGUGGCUAGAGCCACUUGUUUCUCGGAUCAGGGAGGACCCUCGCCGCAUCGUAAUGCCGCAAGUGGACGGUAUUGACGCGGAGAACUUUCGCCAUAUUGCAGGUGGCAUCGGGUGCAAGUUGGGUUUCCUUUGGCAGCUGAUGGAGCAUUCUUAUGAAUUCCAUCAAAUGGCACGGCUUCCCCCCGAGCAGCAGAACUCGCAGGCUACUGAUUUCCAGACCUCUCCGACCAUGGCUGGGGGCCUGUUCGCGGCUGAUAAGAAGUUUUUUUUCUCCAUUGGGGCGUAUGACGAAGGCUUUCGGUACUGGGGAACAGAAAACCUCGAGUUCAGCUUCAGGCUUUGGCAGUGUGGCGGCAUUCUCGAGUGCGCGCCAUGUAGCCGUGUAUACCAUAUUUUUAGAAAAGGAGGCUCUGGAUACAGCUUUCCGUCAGACGCACUGAUUGCGAAUAAAAUGCGUACGCUGAUGUGGAUGGACGAAUAUGCCGACUUGGCGUGGCGCGUGCUAGGAAAACCAGCGGUCGAUUAUGGCGAAGAGUCCCUCAAGAAAAGGCGGGAAUGGAGGGCACAGAAGCAAUGCAAAAGCUUCAAAUGGUACAUGGAAAACGUGUUCUCUGAAGCUGAUGUAGUACAUCUAACGGACGUUCCAUUCCUUGGGCGCCUGAAGCACAACGCCACUGGAUUGUGCCUUGACGCUGGUGGUCAGUCCUUCCCUGGUGGCCACCCUGCUUUGGUUCGUUGUGAGGAAUCUCACCCUAGUCAAGACUUUAUGUAUUUUAGGAAAAUCGGUCACGUGAUGCCAGUGCGCAAUGAUGAAGCGUGCUUGACUCCCAAGGGAAAUUUUGACUGGUGUCGAGCUACGGAUGUUAUGUGGUGGGAUUUCGAAGGCGGAAUGUUGCAGAACAGAUCCGCUGGGGAAUGUCUGACUGUCGUCCGCUCGAAGCUCACACUGGUUCAGUGUGAUCCGACAACAGCUCUGCAAGUGCGCACGCCAACAGACAUCCCCUGGCGAUAG